AUGGGGAAAAUGGCCUCACUAGUUGUCACUCUUUUAGUGGUUUUAGUGCCACUUAGCUUAGCUUCCGAAAGCUCAGCUAAUUAUCAAUACUCAUCUCCCCCACCACCAAAGGAGCCAUACCACCCUUCACCAACAUCUUAUCAUCCCGCACCAAUUUACAAGUCUCCACCACCGCCAACUCCGAUUGACAGUUCUCCACCACCACCGAAGGAGACAUACUACCCUCCACACAUUCCAGUGUACAAGUCGCCACCACCACCCAAGGAACCAUACUACCCUCCACACACCCCAACUUACAAGUCGCCACCUCCACCAACUCUUGUUUACAAGUCUCCACUGCCACCCAUUCCGGUUUACAGUUCUCCACCACCACCGACGGAGCCACACUACCCUCCACACACUCCAGUGUACAAGUCGCCACCACCUCCGACGCCAAUUCACAAGUCGCCACCACCACCCAAGGAGCCAUACUACCCUCCACACACCCCAACCUACAAGUCACCAUCUCCACCAACUCCUGUUUACAAGUCUCCACCGCCGCCAACUUCGGUUUACAAUUCUCCACCACCACCAAGGGAGACUUACUACCCUCCCCACACUCCAGUGUACAAGUCGCCACCACCCCGGACACCAAUUUACAAGUCACCACCAUCACCAAAGGAGCCAUACUACCCUCCACACACCCCAACCUACAAGUCUCCACCUCCACCAACUCCCAUUUACAAGUCGCCACCACCACCAAAUGAGCCAUACUACCCCCUACACACUCCAGUUUACAACUCGCCACCUCUAUUGACUCCAGUUUAUAAGUCUCCACCUCCACCAACUCCUGUUUACAAGUCGCCACCACCACCAACUCCUGUUUACAAGUCGCCGCCACCACCUAAGGAGCCAUACUACCCUCCACACACCCCAAUCUAUCAGUCACCACCUCCACCAACUCCCGUUUACAAUUCACCGCCUCCACCAACUUUAGUCUUUAAGUCACCACCACCACCCAAAGAGCCAUACUACCCUCCACACACCCCAGUGUACAAGUCGCCACCUCCACCAACUCCUAUUUACAAGUCGCCACCACCACCAAAUGCACCAUACUAUCCUCCACACACUACAGUCUACAAGUCGCCACCUCCACCAACUCCCGUUUACAAGUCACCACCACCACCCAAGGAGCCAUACUAUCCUCCACAUACCCCAUCCUACAAGUCAGCACCUCCACCAACUCCAGUCUACAAGUCGCCGCCACCACCCAAGGAGCUAGACUACCCUCCACACACCCCGACCUACAAGUCGCCACCACCACCCAAGGAGCCAUACUACCCUCCACCUACACCAACCUACAAGUCGCCACCUCCACCAACUCCCGUUUACAACUCUCCACCACCACCAACUCCAGUCUACAAGUCUCCACCACCACCACAUUAUCUUUACACCUCUCCCCCUCCUCCCUACCAUUACUAA